AUGGUCCUUUCACUGGCUGUGCUUCUAAGCGGAAGUGACCGAGGUGGCUUCAAUAAAUUUGGUGGCCCUCGGGAUCAAGGAUCACGUCAUGAUUCUGAACAGGAUAAUUCAGACAACAACACCAUCUUUGUGCAAGGCCUAGGCGAGAAUGUUACAAUUGAAUCGGUGGCUGAUUACUUCAAGCAGAUUGGAAUUAUUAAGACAAAUAAGAAAACUGGACAGCCUAUGAUUAAUUUGUAUACAGACAGGGAAACUGGCAAGCUGAAGGGUGAGGCGACAGUCUCAUUUGAUGACCCACCUUCUGCUAAAGCAGCUAUUGACUGGUUUGAUGGUAAAGAAUUCUCUGGAAAUCCUAUUAAGGUUUCAUUUGCCACCCGCCGAGCUGACUUCAAUCGGGGUGGUGGAAAUGGUCGUGGAGGCCGAGGGCGAGGAGGACCCAUGGGUCGUGGAGGCUAUGGAGGAGGUGGCAGUGGUGGCGGUGGCCGGGGAGGAUUCCCCAGUGGCGGUGGUGGAGGUGGCGGACAGCAACGAGCUGGGGACUGGAAGUGUCCUAAUCCGACAUGUGAGAACAUGAACUUCUCUUGGAGAAAUGAAUGCAACCAGUGUAAGGCCCCUAAGCCAGAUGGCCCGGGAGGAGGACCAGGAGGCUCUCACAUGGGGGGUAACUAUGGAGAUGAUCGUCGUGGCAGAGGAGGCUAUGAUCGGGGCGGCUACCGGGGCCGAGGCGGGGACCGUGGGGGCUUCCGAGGGGGCCGGGGUGGUGGGGACAGAGGCGGUUUUGGCCCUGGCAAGAUGGACUCUAGGGGUGAGCACAGACAGGAUCGCAGGGAGAGGCCAUAUUAGCCUGGCAUCUGAAGUUCUGGAACAGCUCUUCUUCCUGUACCCAGUGUUACCCUUGUUAUUUUGUAAACUUUCAAUUCAGGAUUGCCCAUGGAAUUUUUUUUUUUUUUUUUUUUU